AUCUUGUCGCACAGCUCUACGUCAGAUCCUCUCAUAUCCCAUGGGUGUCACUUUGGCCGAACAGUAUUCGCGUUGUGUAACUACCCCUCUCUACUCACCAACGGUAUCCUCAGAUUAGAACAAAUGGAAGACACUCCUCUGGAGGACUUUUCUGCGGAAGAACGACGAGAACAUUGUGUGUUUGAACAGCUCUUAGAUUCUUAUCCCGGUGUAGAA